AUGUCGGUCGUCGAUAUUGGUCGUUUAGCUGACCUCAAACACGCCAGGCACUCCGUAACCCUGUCCAAUGGCAAGCGCCUUGUCCUUUUCCGCCUACCGAAAAUUCAACCUUCGGAUGCGGUAGCGUUACCAGCUACGGAAAAGUCUGAUUCGUGGGCUUACUAUGCGAUGGAAGCAGAGUGUCCUCAUGCAGGCGGGCCUAUGACUGAAGCUCACAUAGAUAUCGAAGACUCGUCUUAUAUUGCUUCUUGCCCGUGGCACGCAUAUGACUUCAACGUAGAGACCGGUGAGUCCAGCUAUGGUAUCAAAACCUGCACCUUCCCGGUUGCCAUACAAGAUGGAAGGGUGAGCAUACAUGUCGCAGAGGCCGAAGGUUUACAUCUCUCCAAGAUCGAGCCUGUCAGCGAGAAAGUGAAAUUCAAGCAUGGCCCUAGAGUCGAGCCCUCAGGUGCCCCAACCUAUCUUGGCGAGGGUGCUUCUUUAUGUGAUUGGUGUGUUCACAUAUUGAAUACUUCUAACCCUGAGCAUAAGAUCGAACUCACCACACACCUCUUCUCUUUAUUCGCAACGCGUGAACAGUCUCCCUCUCCUAUGCAGGUCGGGGCUGGCAGUGCGACUCCUCCCCAAGAACCGCCAAGGCAGAACCUAACCCAGGUGAAACCGGGGCGUAUGCCUAAAUCUGGCAGGGGAGGGAAUGUUAAAAACAGGAUAAUGAUGCUCCACGCUCUCGCAAAUAUAGAACAAUGGGCUAUCGACCUCGCCAUCGAUAUUAUAGUCCGCUUCGCCUCCUUUCACACGAUCUCGCUAGACGGAAACGACAGUUCACAGAAGUUGCCACGAACGUUUUUCUACGACUGGUUGAAGGUCGCGAAUGAUGAGGCAAAACACUUCUCUCUUCUACGAGCGAGGCUCGAAGAGUUGGGAAGCUACUUCGGUGCACUUCCAGUUCACCAUGCUUUAUGGGAAUCGGCCGAGAGGACAGCGCACGACCUACGUGCUAGGAUAAGCGUCAUCGCACUCGUUCACGAAGCCCGGGGUCUCGAUGUCAAUCCCCUGACGAUCGAGAAAUUCCGAAAUGCCAAAGACGGCGAGAGCGUCGACGUCUUGAAUAUCAUCCAUAAUGACGAGAUCACACAUGUUACGACGGGACAUAGAUGGCUUACUUGGAUCUGUCAACAGGAAGGUACUGAUCCGGUACAAGUCUUCCGGAGCAAUGUGCAAAAACAUUUCAGAGGUGCUGUGAAGGGUCCGUUCAACGCUGAAGCCAGAGAGCAGGCCGGUAUGGAUAAGAGCUAUUACGAAGACCUCUAUGGGCAACCGUGGAAAGGAGAUGUGAUUGCUGGCGGCUGA